AUGCGAAGAACAGGCGGACACGCCCUUAUGCUUAACCUAGCCAGUCAUCCCCCCACCCAGCCUGCAGCUGAAUCCAGAGGCUGCCAUCCUCGAGGAGUAUGGAGCCACAAUACACGUACUUCUCCACAUUCCGCUGCAAGUGGCAGAGGGCUAGACUUGUCUGCGAUGUGA